AUGGUGGCGGCCGCGUCAAAGACGCGCUCGAGCCGCACGGCCGACCCGUCACCAGGUACGCGCGGCCACGUCGGCGGCGUAGCGGGCGUCGCGCAUCAGGCGGGCCUGCAGCGCGCCGCCGCCGCCGCCGCCACCGCCGUCCAGCUCAGCGGCGCCGGACCGACAGAGCGACUCGCGGUGGUCGUGGGAACACUGCGGCUCCGGGUAGAGGGUUGCCGUGCGGGCGGUCUCUGCAUCGUUGCCGCCGAGGGAGGGGAGGGCGCGAACUUGGACUGCGGGCGCAGCUUGUCGGCGACGGCGGGGCACAACAUGCCCGGGGCAUUGGAGGCCGGGACGGCCUAG